AUGGGCUCAGUCUUCUCCCGGAAACUCACGAUCAAAGACAAGCUCCUAAAUCUAGAAAAUGAAGUAAUAAAGAAUGAAUAUGAGCUAAAUGUGCUGAAGAGGCAGAGCUACUACUCAACUCUCUUUAUAUCAUUCUUCUCCAUUCCGAUUGCUUCAUAUUUUGCAUAUAUUUUUGAAAUUCCAUUGAUAAUAGCACUGGCACUACUCUUUAUGGCAUUGACAGGCCUAAUCUAUCUUCUAAAGACAAUAAAAAGGAAGAAAAUCGAAUAUAAAGAGAAAAAAUUGAGUGCUUUGAAACAGGAAAGGAAGAGCUUAAUUGAGCAGUGCAAAAGUGAUGUAAAUUUUUCAACAACAAAAUCAAUAAUCGAGAAAUAUGAGGAGGAAGAGAGCAGAAGUACGUUUUUCAAUCAAUUAAAGCGAAAAAAAAGGAGUGCGCUGGACUCUGUUACAGAUUUUGUGCUUGGAAGUGAUCCUUCAAACUUAAAUGCACUAAUCUGUAGAAAAUGUGGGGUUCAUAAUGGGUUGAUUGAUCCCAAAAACGAUGACUUUGCAUUUUUUCAGUGCUACAACUGUGAUUUCAGAAAUGAAAGAAGGGGCGGACAGAAGGACGAAAAGAGCGGAAUUUAA